AUGUCUGCCUGAAAUAUUACAGGAAAUGCAGUGCUAGCAUCAGUGCUCAGAUGCUAGAUUGGCAUCUAGAACCCACCAGUUUUUCAUUUUCCUUCCAUGCCAUGUGAAUUCUGUGUUGCUGACAUUGGUCUUUGCAGAAAGCACAUUUACUUGAAGUGAAAAGUUAGUCAAGCAUCAUUAGAUAUUUGAACUGGAUGUGAGGGUAUUUUCAUUCACUAAGAAGAUGGCUGCAGUCCUUCCCAGUUCUGAUCUUGUACUUGCCAACUUGGUGACAUCAUUGAGCCAGGCCAAAUCAUCUCUUGCUGGAACCGAUGAGGAUUUUGGGUUCCUUAGCAACCUUCUUCAGUCAAAGGAGUUGAUAGCUUUACUUCAGGUUCAUAGUGCCAUAGUUGGAAGCCAUGAUGAACAGAAGUCUUUUCCUCCUGUCCUGGGAAAUAUGGAAGAUAUUGUCAAUGAUGUACUGGAUGAAAUUGAACCAAUAGCAGCAAGGUUUUUGGAAGUCCGGGAGUUAUUCCUCCUCUUGCAACAGCCACAUUUCCAGGGAUUAGUACAUGCACAUGAUGGAGUAGCACAGAAGGAUUAUUUCCCAAGAUUGCCUGAUAUCCCAACUGAAGUAGAUGAAGAUGAAGAGACUGUUAAGAUCGUCCAAUUGGUGAAGAGCAGUGAGCCUCUGGGAGCAACAAUCAAAGCUGACAAAGCAACAGGACGUAUUGUUAUUGCUCGAGUGAUGCAUGGCGGAGCAGCUGACCGUUCUGGUCUCAUUCAUGUUGGAGAUGAAGUCCAUGAAGUGAAUGGCAUCAGUGUAGCAGGGAAGAGCCCGAAUGAUGUACUGGAAAUAUUGAAAAACUCUGAAGGCACCAUAACAUUCAAGUUGAUUCCUGGUGAUUCCAAGAUGACAUUUCAUGAAAGUCGUGUGCGGCUGAAGGCUCAUUUUGACUAUAAUCCACUGGAAGACCAGUACAUUCCCUGCAAAGAAGCAGGGUUAGCCUUUCAGAAUGGAGAUAUCCUCCACAUUGUGAGCCAUGAUGAUCCAUAUUGGUGGCAAGCACGAAGAGAGGGAGAUCUAAGUAUGAGAUCUGGUCUCAUUCCUAGUCGGGCAUUGCAAGAGAAGAGGAUUUUGACAGAAAGGUGCCCUCCACCCAGAGACCAGAAAAAAGUAAAGCAGAUCAUGUAUGACAUCACAGAGAAUGAUGACUUUGACCGGGAAGAGAUUGCCACAUAUGAGGAAGUUGCUCGACUAUACCCACGGCCCGGAUUGCCCCGUCCUAUUGUCCUUAUUGGUCCUGAAGGUGUUGGCAGAAAUGAAUUGAAAAGAAGGCUUAUUGCCCUCAAUCCAGAGAAAUUCAGGACCACAGUCCCCUACACAACUCGCCCUCGUCGCUCAACGGAAUUGGAUGGCAGGGAGUAUCACUUCGUGGAAAGAGAGUUCAUGGAGAGUGAGAUUCAUGCAGGGAAGUUUUUGGAGUUUGGUGAAUACAAGGGUAACUUUUAUGGCACAAGCACUGAGAGUGUGAAGUCCAUCAUGCACAAUGGUUGUGCAUUGAAGAUGCUGAGGAAUCCAGAGCUGAAACCAUAUGUGAUCUUCAUCAAACCACCACCAUUUGAAGUCCUCAAGGAGACAAGACUGAAUGCUUAUGCAAAGUCUACACAUGACCCCAAUAACUCUAGGAGCUUCACUGAUGAGGAACUAUGGGAGAUGCUUCACACAGCUGAGAGGAUGGAGUAUGUAUAUGCACACUGGUUUGAUGAAGUUAUUGUCAACGAUGAUCUGUCCAAAGCAUUUGAGAAGCUUAUAGAAGCAGUCGGGCUGGUGGAAAGUGAACCGUUGUGGGUCCCCAUUUCAUGGGUACAGUGAAUGAUCUGUGGUAGGUGUGAUCAUCAUGUUUGCCUAGUCCAUUUCAUCCCAAUAUCCAAGUGGCUCAUGUUUAGCUUCUUCUCUUUUAUGAGUGUACUUUUCAUGCUGGUCCACACAAGCAUUCCCUAUUCCCUUGCAACUUG